AUGGAGAAGAACGUACCAAUAAGCAAGAAGCUAUGGAACAUCGUACGUUUUGUCUUGUACAUGUUACACAAAGGCAUUUCAAAACAUAAGCUCCUCGCCGACUUUAACGCAACUCUCAAACGCGGCAAGAAUCUCAUGUUCCACAACCGCCGCCGCGUCCCAGCCACCGCCUCUACCACCACGUCGCAGCCGCGGAAAGAAUACGAGUUUAGCUGCAGCGACACUCCUAACUACUCGUUCCCCUUUAACAUCGCUGCCUUCAAGAAGAAGAGUCACCACAUUGGUCUCUUCGCGUGUGGUAACGCGCCAUCUACUCUGGACGACGAUACCUUCGCCUCCCGAGCUGUGCUGGAGCUUCUCAACGGCGUCGGAGAUCAUGAUAAGGGAAGUAACACGCCGGGUUUGUCCGUCGAGGCUUUGACGGCUUUAUCUCCAUACUUGCCGGGGUUUGGACGGAGUUCUUCGUUAGUGAGGCCUUUACGGGUGACGGACUCACCGUUCCCGUUACGGGAAGAUGGUGACGUGGCUAACGGACACGUGGACAAAGCGGCGGAGGAAUUUAUAAAGAAGUUUUACAAGAACUUGAAUCAGCAAAAGAAGAUGAUCGAGUUCUCACCUAACUAA